AUGCGUAAACCCGAGGACACUCCUGCAGCAUGGUGUCUACAGGACUUCGCUACAGUAUUCUAUGUUGUUUUCAGUGGAGUCAUGUAUGUCUACAUUGGAAACACAGUCCAGUCCCUGGUCCUCUUUUCUCUUCCUCCGGUAUGGGCAAAGGCAGUGUUUGCCAUUGCUCUCCCAAAUUUUCUGUUGUCAUCCUCACUAUUUCUCUAUUCCGGGUUAUACACUUAUACAGCUACAAAGCUUGUGUUUGUUCGAAUAUUUCGUCAUUCAGAGUACGUCCAUUCGCAUACCUUACUCGGUUGGAUGGUUUGGACUCUGCUGUGUUUUGCAGGCUCAGCUAUGGCUGUAAUUCUUGCCAUCGCACCCUCUGCCGCAUGGUACAUGUAUGGUUUGGCCGGAUUCUUCUGGUUGCAUGACGCAUAUCAUCUCGAGGUGUUGACUAUAAUUUCCGGCAUUUUCAUCUGUGUCGCUGGGACUUAUGUGUCGAUAAAGCUCAUUGCUGAAGCCUACGCCAAUAGCCAAGUUGGGAGACCGUUCAUUUGCUAGAGGUAGUUUCAUUGUGGCGUAAUGUGUAGUCCAUGUCGAGUCCUUUAAAUUUCAUCUUUAGAGCUUUUCCUAGGA